AUGACCACCGCGGCCAGACCCACAUGGGCUCCUGCUAAAGGUGGAAAUGAACAGGGCGGUACUCGAAUUUUCGGUCCUUCCCAGAAGUACUCCUCAAGAGACAUAGCCUCCCACACCACUCUCAAACCCAGGAAAGAUGGCCAGGAUACCCAGGAUGAAUUAAAGAGAAGAAACUUACGUGAUGAACUGGAUGAACGUGAACGGAGGCACUUCUCAUCAAAAAAUAAAUUUUAUAAUGAUGACAGAGAUCAUGGAAAGGGUAGUCAUCUAUUUUUGGAAGGAACAAAAAGAGAUUUUGAAGACCACAUUGUUCCGCGCAGUGUUGAUGCAGAUGAUUCCGAUGUUGAAGUCAACAGUGAUGAUGAAAGUGAUGAUGACGAUGAAGAUGACACUGAAGCUUUGCUGGCUGAGCUUGAACAAAUAAAGAAGGAAAGGGCAGAGGAAAAGCUACGCAAGGAACGGCAACAGCAAGAGGAAGAUCUAAAAGUAAAAGAAGCAGAGCUUAUGCGUGGAAACCCAUUGAUAAAUAAUCCUACAUCUUUCAAUGUCAAAAGAAGGUGGGAUGAUGAUGUGGUCUUUAAAAAUCAAGCCCGUGGUGAAACCAAGCUGGCUAAGCGAUUCAUCAAUGACACCAUCAGGAAUGAUUUUCAUAGGAAAUUCCUGCACAAAUACAUGAAAUAA